AUGCACAGCACAGAAAAACGUGCACCCAGGAGCGGAAGCAGGCGGCACGACGCAGUCUCUGGGCUUCGUGGGGAUUGCGAUAACCCUGGUCGACCGCCUGCUUUGUCUCUCCUUUCUCACGGCUACACAUUAUUGGAAGUUUGCUUGGAAACAGGUAUUUUCAUAGAUUAA